AUUAUAUCACAGACAAAGUAGCAUUCGUUGCUUUCUAGUGUCGCAUUGAUGAUCCCCCUUGUUUAAUAAAAGAGUGAGAAGAUCGAAGAGGUGUGUAUAGUUGUGUGUUUUCUGCCAUGGAAGUACAUAUGUUGCUCUGUAGAGGUCUUUUCAUGGUGCUCUAAAACAGUGAAAAGAUCGAAGAGGUGUGUAUAGUUGUGUGUUUUCUGCCAUGGAAGUACACAUGUUGCCCUGUAGAGGUCUGUUCAUGGUGCUCUAAAAGAGAGAGAAGAUCGAAGAGGUGUGUAUCGUUGUGUGUUUUCUGUCAUGGAAGUACAUAUGUUCCUCUGUAGAGGUCUGUUCAUGGUGCUCUAAAACAGUGAGAAGAUCGAAGGGGUGUGUAAAAUUUAGAUCAUAGUUGUGGGUUUUCUGCCAUGGAAGUACAUAUGUUGCUCAAGUCGUUAGCAUUUAUUUGUAGAGGUCUUUUCAUGGUGAUCUAUCUUUCUGCCUUCACUCUAUUUGUGGCGGUGGAUGCAGUGAAGGCAUUCAAUAAACGAGAGCAUUGGGUGCCCGGCAAGGCUCUGGUUCUGAGUGCCCUCACCAUCAGUGUUCUUAACUUCGUGGAUACAACCACUAAUAAUUCUGCAUCCGAUGCAAUGGAAAAGCUAAGUUUUCUACUUCACAAACAGCUGCUAAUUGACGGUGGGAGACUGAGCAUCUGUGUAUUCAUAGGAUACAUACUACCUGGAAUGGUAGGGUCUCGCUCGGGAUACGAUUUGAGGCUCAUUGCGGCUUUUGCAAUAUGCCUUUUUGGCCAAAUUCUCAGUGAACUCCACAAUCUUUAUGAUGACAAAAAAACCUUCAAAAAUUACAUUAGGAAGAGGGUGCACGAAACAUAUUUCCAUUCGUUCAUUCUGUCCAGUAGCGUGUUCUCUGUCUCAAUUAUAUUUCUUAUUUGCGCAUCAUGCACCACAGUUUUUGCCGGUUACACCAUUCGUAGAAUUCUGAGCAAGAGGAUCCCUGUAAUUUUGGGUGGAGAUGAAAUGAUGGUUGGCGGAAGUGGGGACCCAGAAAUUCAGAGCAGUAAAGAUUCGAAGAAAUCUUGGAAUGAUUUUGAAGAGGAGAUAUUCAAGUCAUGGUUUGUGGCCCGUGUUUCUCAGCCUAAUUAUGUCAUUUCGAGGUCGGUUGUGAAUUCAGCGUCUGCACUGGUGGUUUCUCUCUGCGUCAUAUUAGCCCUAGUUAAAACCAAAUGGCUGCAUGGAAAUUAUCAUCAAACUUUACGCUAUCUUUUGAAUGGCAAUCAAUUACUAUUGUUUGAACUGUGUGCAAUGUUUGGCUUCUUCCUCGUUGGGUGGGCUGUCAUCUGCUGUAGAUGGAUCACAGCUCUAAUCUAUUUUCCCAAGCUUGGAAGAGAGACAUUCAGCCUCAGGAGAUACUUUUGUGUGGAGGAAUUUUGGACCAGCAGCAUCGUUGAGGUGAUUCACAUCUAUGACAUGAAAGCAUCUCCUCUUUACCAGCGGCCGAAUGAUUUUGACAGCUUGCUCACCAUGGUAGUUGCCAGAAUGCGCUUACACAAGCUACUUCAUCUGCUUUGUGCUCUUCAGAUAUGUGUGGUUUUGCUGAGCAAGUCUUCUCAGUUUAUUGUUGAGCUGGUAUUUUCUAAAGUUUUUGUGAGGUGGGCACAUAAUGAUAAAGAGGGCCGUAUAUCCCUAGUUUCAGGUCGACGUUAUGAGGACUUUGCAGAUAUGUUGGAGCGACUGUGUAUGCCAGGCGAAGAUCCAGCUUCUCUGUGGAAUGCCAACAGAAGCUGCAUUACUCGAGUACAACUUCUAAUGAAGGAUGGCCAUGAUAAAGCAGUAUCUUUACUCCAUUUUCUCAUCCAACUGGAUUGUCAAAAGUCUGAUCGCCUGGUCAGUUUCGUAAAUAUUUGCCGUCAAGCGUGGGAUCUACUGAAUUUAGUGGAUUAUACCCACAUAGAAGCUGAUAAAUUGAUUGGGUUCGAUCUUCUUUACAAUCUCAAUACAGAAUCCCAUCAAGUAAGCAUGGCUGCUGAUAAAGAGUUCUGCAGACUACAAGCACUUUAUGAAGAUCUUCCAAUUUCAACUCAAAUUAAAACUCCUACUGAAUGUUUAAACUAUCUGUCCAAAGAAGCUGUGCAUGUACUCAAAACCCACAUGCUAUUAAUAGAUGAUUGCCAAAACUGUGGUUUAACCCAGAGAAAUGAAGCUGUAAAUUCUGAUUUACAUGAUUCCAUGAAUUUGCUGGAUAUAGCACCAAAAUAUAGCCUUUAUAAACUAUGUAGAGUAGUGGAAAUGGAGGCUAAUACAGUGGAUGAUCUGACUGCUUGGACAGAAAGGUCGUUGAGAAAUGUUAUUGCUGCAUGCCUCUCAAAAUUACCACACAUUUUGAUCAAGUAUUCUCGGCGUUUGGCACAAGAAUUCGAUGAAGAAAAUUUGUGGAAAGUAAUUUAUCUAGCUGGAAAGGCCAGGGGAGUCAUGGAAAAAGCUGGACUGCAGCUAAUUUUGAGAGUGAAGCAAAUUGAAGAGGAAACUGAAUUGACAGUGGAGACAACUCAACUUGAAUCAACCUCUGAAUAGGCACAUAAAUAGUUUUAAUUCUAUCAUCUAUGUCACUGAUUAAAACACUGCAGUAGUUUAUAUUGAAAAAGUUGAGUUUGGUGUGUAUUAUCUUACGUCUAACUGGUGUUCGCAUCGAUGUAAUUUGUAAGUUUAGUAUUGUUGUAUACUUGUGUGAUCUUAAGGGAGAAAACUGGGUAAGGAAUGCGGAGGCAUCUGAGGGCUUUAUGUUUCUCUAUAUAGCUGUGAUGCUUGGUAUUUAUUGAUUGUUUAGUUAAUGGAUUGUACAUUAUAGUCAUAAGCUUAUACUAUAAUUUAAUUUUGUAAUAUUUUUUAAGCAGUA